UUUUAGGAUGGGAUUUAACAGCUGCACACUGUAAAGAGUCAACAUGGGACAAACUCACCACAAUGAGAAAUCCGAGCAAGUAGAGAUCGACGUCAUUACACUUCAGAACAUGUACAAAAAGUUUGUGAUUGAGUGCCCGAGCGGCCUUUUGUUUUUGCAUGAAUUUAAGAAGUUUUUUGGAGUCGGACCCUCGGGGGAAGCGUCGGAUUACGCCGAGAGCAUGUUUCGAGCCUUUGACAAAAACGGGGACAACACAAUAGAUUUCUUGGAGUUCGUAGCUGCUCUGAACUUGGUGUUCAGAGGGGAUUUAGAACACAAGCUGAGAUGGUCAUUCAAAGUGUAUGACAAGGAUGGCAAUGGCUUUAUAGACAAAGCUGAACUCAAAGCCAUUGUUGAAAUUAUAUUUCACAUCAGGAAAGUAGGAAGGAAAGAUCCAGAUGUGUCCCCUGAGGAAAUCUGUGAAAGAAUCUUUAAAGUGAUAGAUGUAGAUGGAGAUGGUCAGAUAACACUGGAGGAGUUCUUAGCAGGAGCUCAGAAAGAUCCAUGGAUUCUUAACCUGUUGCGUUUAGACAUGAAUCCCUAUAGCUGGGUGGUGGAACAGAGAAGGAAAAGUGCUCAUUUCUGAGAUAAAACUCUCAACAGGAAAUCCUGAAUAUUCCAGAUG